CUACUAUUCUCUUGCUUCUUCUUACCUCAACUUCUCUUCUGUUCUAUACCCAGCUACUUGUUCAUGUAUUUAUUACUUGCACACUUUCUCUCUUCCCCAUACUCCCAACCAAGCUAGCUAGCUCAUCACUCCCGGCAGCCACAAUACUACUCCCACCUUCGUUUCUCUCUUCUUUAUUGGCACAACAUACACCAUGUUAUCCAUUGCCUCUAACACCAACAACACUUCUGUUGUUGUUGAGACGGCCGAUAUCUCCCCCACUCUCAUCUCCGCCUCACCGGAGAAGCAGCACCCUGCAACCUCCACUACUCUUCAUGAUCAUCAUGUCUUCAAAUCAAAGCUUCCGGACCUUCCCAACAUCUCCAAUCACCUCCCUCUCCACACCUACUGCUUCGAAAAUGUCUCCGACUUCUCCGAACGGCCUUGUCUCAUCGUCGGCUCCACCGGUAAAACCUACUCCUUCUCCGAAACUCAUCUCAUUUCCCAAAAGACCGGAGCAGGCCUCUCCAAGCUUGGCAUCACCAAAGGCGAUGUCAUCAUGAUCCUUCUCCAGAACUGCGCCGAGUUCGUCUUCGCAUUCAUGGGUGCUUCCAUGAUCGGCGCCGUCACUACCACCGCCAACCCCUUCUACACCGCCUCCGAAAUCUUCAAGCAGUUCAAGGCCUCUAAUGCCAAGCUCAUCAUCACUCAGUCCAUCUACGUAGACAAGCUUCGACACUCCGGUCCCGACUCCGACCAAUACCCCAAACUCGGCGAACACUUUCAGGUGGUCACCAUCGACGACCCUCCCGAGAACUGCUUACAUUUCUCAGUCCUCUCCGGCGCCAACGAAAGCGAGCUUCCCGAAGUUUCCAUUGAUCCAGAGGACCCUGUGGCGUUACCUUUCUCUUCCGGAACCACAGGGCUUCCCAAAGGAGUGAUUCUGACUCACAAGAGUCUCAUCACAAGUGUGGCGCAGCAAGUGGACGGAGAGAAUCCGAACCUGUACUUGAAGGAAGACGAUGUCGUUUUGUGUGUGCUGCCACUGUUCCAUAUCUACUCUUUGAACAGUGUGCUGCUGUGUUCUCUCAGAGCAGGGGCCGCGGUUUUGGUAAUGCAUAAGUUUGAGAUUGGGACGCUUUUGGAGCUCAUACAGCGUUACAGGGUCUGUGGCAGCUGUGGUGCCACCGCUGGUGAUAGCGCUGGCGAAGAAUCCAUGGUGGCAGACUAUGAUCUCAGCUCUAUUAGAGUGGUGUUGUCCGGAGCGGCGCCGCUGGGAAAGGAGCUAGAGGAGGCGUUGAGGAGCCGUGUGCCCCAGGCAGUCUUGGGACAGGGUUAUGGGAUGACAGAGGCAGGGCCGGUGCUAUCGAUGUGCCUGGCAUUCGCAAAGCAACCGUUUCCAACAAAGUCAGGGUCAUGCGGCACCGUGGUCCGGAAUGCAGAGCUCAAAGUCAUCGAACCCGAAACCGGUCGCUCCCUCGGCUACAACCAGCCCGGCGAAAUUUGCAUCCGUGGCUCUCAGAUUAUGAAAGGAUAUCUCAACGACGAUGCGGCGACGGCAACCACCGUUGAUGUUGAGGGAUGGCUUCAUACCGGUGACGUUGGUUAUGUGGACGAUGACGGCGAGGUUUUCAUCGUUGACAGGGUUAAGGAGCUCAUCAAAUUCAAAGGCUUCCAAGUGCCACCAGCUGAACUAGAAUCCCUACUUGUAAGCCACCAAUCCAUUGCAGAUGCAGCUGUUGUUCCGCAAAAAGAUGACGCUGCUGGGGAAGUUCCGGUUGCAUUCGUCGUUCGAUCUAACGGUAACGAGCUCACUGAAGAGGCCGUCAAAGAAUUCAUAGCAAAGCAGGUGGUGUUUUACAAGAGACUGCACAAGGUGUACUUCGUGCAUGCAAUUCCCAAAUCUCCAUCUGGAAAAAUCUUAAGAAAAGACCUCAGAGCCAAGCUAGCUGCAGCUACUCCAAACGUCUAGCUAGCUACUACUCGAUCGAUAUCAUACUUCGACCAACAUAUAUCCCACGUUUUACUAUUGGAUUCUUGAUACGUUUCUUAAUGUUCUGUGAGGUUGCAUGGAUUAA